AGAUUACGCGUUUUUUAUGGAGGGUUACCGUGAUGACCGUUGCCCAUGACAUCCAGAGCCAAGGAAGUUCGGAAGUGAAGAUUUGUUUCUUUCCUCCAUAUUUCUCCCAGGGAUCACAUAGAAACCUCUCUCUCUUUCGGUCAGGCAGAAUGGAAGUCGCAUCGAGGUGCUACUGCCAUGCCCAUCUCUCGUUCUUGAUGAAGAAGAACGCGGCGGCUCCUUUCCCGGAGAGAAGAUCCAAGUACUCGGGUCAGUCCGUUAGAGCAAUUCCUGUGCGGGUAUUGACGGUGGGCAAGAGGAGGUCUCAAGGGGUCCAACUUCUGGUCGAAGAGUACAAGGAGAAGCUCAAAAACUAUUGCAGCAUCGAGGACGUUCUUAUCAAAUCUAAUCCAAAGAAUACUGGCAAUGUGAAGGCCCAGAUCGAAGCUGAAGACAUGCUUAUCAUGCAACAAAUUAAGCCUGGAGAAUGGGUUGUUGUGUUGGAUGAGCAUGGAGCAGACAUUGGAUCUGAGCAAAUGGCUGACUUGGUGGGAGAUGUAGGGACAACACCAAAAAACAAGAGAAAGAGGAGAAGAAAGGAAGGGAGAGGAAGGGAAGAAGGUUGCUCCAUCUUCUAUAUCAGAACCAUCUUGCAUAAUUAAGGUAAGGUCUUCCUCUAUCAUUAAUUUAGCCAAAAUAAAGUAAAAUAAGGUAAUUAUGAUAAAUUUUUUGCAUGAAAUUAUGAGAUAUUAUGAGUAGGAUGUAAAUUUUAUUUUUAAAUAUGUAUUAUAUUUUUGUAAGAUUAUCAAAUUUUUAGAUGAGUCUAACAUAUGAACCUAGGCUUGAUCAAGCAGAAAGUAGAUGAAUUUUAAUAAUUGGAUGUGGUUUAUUCUUUUUUGAUGUAUUGCAUACUU